AUGAACAGGGUCACUGCAUUAGUUCUGAACAAGAAAUAUAACUUCUCGCAUAUUGUUUUUCACUACAUGAUCGAGAAUAUCACAACAAAGAGUAAGACUUGGACUUAUCCAAGAUUCGUGCAGAUGUUGAUCGAUCAUGCAUAUCCAGAGAUUGAACGUGAGUUGAAGAAUGAUUUGUUAGUACAGUCACACAUGAGCAACGAUUCUCUCAAGCAGCUUGCUAGAUAUCACCCAAACCAUCCUGAACCAAAGAUAGUUGCUGAGUUCUUCGGAUUUAUAAAGGAUGCGAAUUCUGUUGAUCCGGAUCCAAUCGAUCAUCAAAACUGGAGAAAUGAAGAAGAAAUGAAGGAAGCAGCUUAUGCUGAUGAGCUAAAGACUCUUGAGGAGUUCAAAACCACACGUAAUGAUUGGUUUGUCAAAGAAACGAGGAGAAGAGGCAAAAAGGUUACCCCUAAAUCACAGGAGGGUGAGGGGUCUUCGUCACAGCCAAAGAAAAAGCAAAAGAAAGUGGCAAAGACGUUAUUGAUUGAUGAGCCUGACGUUAAAGAGCUGGUUGUAACUGCGGAAGAACAUCCAUAUGCUGAUAUUGAUCAAGUGAUGUUAAAUGUUGAUGAUUUAGUGACUGAGCAAGCAGCUAAUGUGAAAGCUGAAAAAGAGAAGGUCAUUGAUGAUGUUGAAGGUGAUGAUGUCAAUAAAAGUACAACAAGUUCUUCGAGUUCUUCUGAUGAAGAAAUAGAUGAGACUGAAUGUCUAAGAAGAAUUCAAGAAGCUACAGAGAAAGAAAAGCAGCUAAGGAAGAGGAAGAGACAGGAGAAAGAUGAUGCUGCAUACGUUCCAUCUCCUGAGCACGUUUUUGAAUCUCAAUCACCUUCGAGUGGUAAAAAGAAAGCUGGAGCAAGAAAAAGAAUUGUAUCUCCAAAGAUAAAGAAAGUUACUACGAAGAUUACGAAGCCGAAGAUAGUGUUAAAGAAGAAACCUUCCAAAGAACCGAGUAAACAACCUACACCACCACCUGAGCCUACACCACAUCAACCACCAAUACAAUCUCCACGACAACCAACACCUCCACCACAUCAAACACGUCCACGACAACCUUCACCUCCAAAACAACCAACUCCACCCAGACAACCUUCACCAUUACAUCUUUCACCACUACAUCUCUCUCCACCACAACAACAAACCUUAUUCACAUCCCAAGAAAUAUUUCAAACACCGCCACUCACUCAAAUUCAACUAACUCCUGGUUCUUCUGGCCACAAGGGUCUUCAUAUUCCUCCGGAUAAUCUUGAAGAUAUUGGAGAUUUUGGCUUUGCAAACGAUGAACAAGUUAAGAAGCUAGAAAAGAAAAUGGAUGACGUGUUGAAUGAAAACAAAAUAGUUGCAGCUGAAAGCAAGAAAGUUGCUGAACGUGAAAAGAUUCUCGAAAUGCGCGUGAAGAAAUUAGAGUCUGACAACAAGGCAUUGUUAAAGAAGAUUGAUACAGAUCAGACUGAGAUUGAUUUCCUGAAAGUGCGAGUGGCUGAGUUGGAAGAAGAAAAGGCUCGCAGAGAUGAGCAGAACAAGUAUUUCGAGAUGAAAAACAAAGAGCUUGAGGCUGCGAAAGCAUUGAAAGAGCACGAGUUCUACAUGUUGAACAAAGUUGUUGAGAAUAUGCUUGGAACGUCGAUUGAGGAAAGAUUCGAAGAAAUACAAGUUGAAGAGCUUAGGGCCAAAUGCCAAGCCGAGAUUGAUGAACAGAUGAAAGAUAAGGGAAAGGGUGCUGAAAGCAGUGUGGCAGCUGUUGAGAGAUCAAUCGUUCCAUCUCUAGUCAUUGAGAAUCCAGUUCCUAUAUCUUCCGUAUCAGCAAUCUUUGAAGAACAUGUAUCACUAGAAGAUCUUGCUGCUGAUGACGAUGAGGAAGAUGAUGAGGAGGGUGACGAUGAAGAGGGUGAUGAAGAAGAGGGUGAUGAUGAGGAAGAUGACGAUGAUGAGAAAGUCUUUUCUGCUAGCAGUCAUGGUUCUGAUAAUGACGAUGGUGAUGCUCAAGGUGGUAUGGGAAUUAAAGUGAAUGAACAGUCAAGUGAAAGGACUGUUGAUGAUUUUCUGAACGAUACUGUGAAUGAAGAGACAGGGGGAGCUGAAGGAAAGGGGGAGCAUGGUGAUGAUCAGAAUGUAAAACAAGUUGAAAAGUUAAUUCUGAGGUUAGAAACUGAUAUGGAGGAAGGUGAGCACCGACAUACGUAUUCAUUGGAAGAGAUCAAAGAAAUGACACGUAUGGUGGAUCCGGACUACAAGUUUGAUUUUGAAGAAGAAUUAAAUGCAUUCGAUAUCAAUCAUCAACCAGAAUACGAGUAUAAGUAUGUAGAGGAUGCUGAUAUGUACGACAGGGUUGAGGUUGAGGAUUGCACAGAUGAUGAGAGUGUAAGUGAAGAUACUUCUAAGUAUCAUACGCUGAUGGAGUUCUUUACUGAAGAGAAUAGAGAUGAGUUAAGAAGGAAAGUCGCUGAGAUCUUAAAAGACAAGAAUUUUGAUGGUACUCCAAAGGAUAUGUAG